AUGUCUGAAAAAGAUAUUUCGGACAAAAAUCUGUUGAGUUCUUUGGAGAAAUUGAGCAGUGGUUAUAAAGGAAAAGAGAAAUUGGUGUCUGAGGAUAAAAAUGAAAUGAAUGAUAACAUAUGGGUAGAGAGAGAUUUUCUUCAGUUGAAUGAUAAUAGAGGGAAUUCGUCUAAGAGGGAAGCUGAUAAUGAGAAGAUUGAGGGAGAGAAUGGGGUUAAGAAGCCAAAAGUCGAGUCUUUGAACCUUUCUUUGGCGUUACCUGAGGUUUCAAUCUCUUUGGCUGGGUCAAACCGGAUCCAAAAUGAUGAUCUCCCAGACCGGCUGUGGCCGAGUAGGAGUGUGCAGUCGCUGGUGCCGUCUUACAACAAUACGACUACUUUCUCUAAUGGUUACACAGCUGCCUCAGUGUCAUAUUCGUAUUCCCACCCUUUUUCUCACAAUCCCAGUUGCUCGCUCACUCAGAAUUCAACUGAGAUUUUUGAGUACUCGGUUGGGAGUCACCGGAGGGAGUGUGAUCAGAUUUGGAACUGUGGGGAAGGGACUAAUGGGUCGGUUCACAGUCGGUUUAGGCCUAGUGGGGAUGGGAAUGUUGUAUUUUCUAAUCAUGAAGUUGGUGGUGGAGGUUUUGGAUUGGGUAAUAGUGGUAGGGUCAGUAAGGACUCAUGUAAUGAUAGUCUUUAUAAGACUACGAGCUCAGACAAUCAUUCUUUUUUCCCAUCUGAGUUGCCAGCAAGGCCGAGGACAGAUGCUCAGUCAGGUGAUUUUGGAGGGCUAGGGUCAGAUAGUCUGAGAGAUUUGGAGAAUGUCAAUGGAGUUAGGGCUCGUAAGCUUUCUAUGCCCGAGAAGAUACUUAGAGAAAUAGUAUCGGAGUCCAUUCCAGUAAUGGCUCAGAUAAUUCAAGAGCUUACUGAUGAAACAGUUGAAUCUACUAAGGAACAUUUGAAGAAUCUCAUUAAUAUGCCAGAGAGGAGAGAUGAAUUCGUGGGUCUCCAACAUAGACUCAAAAGAAGAUCCGAUUUUACCAAUGAGACUCUCUCAAAGUGCCACAAGAACCAACUUGAAAUUUUGGUUGCAAUUAAAAUGGGACUUGGAAGCUUCUUAUCUGGCAAAAGUCAACUUCCAACAGCGGAAUUGGUGGAUAUAUUCUUACUUCAAAGGUGCCGAAACAUAAACUGCAAGAGGCCAUUACCUGUUGAUGACUGUGACUGCAAAAUUUGUUCAGCAAAACAGGGAUUCUGCAGUGAAUGCAUGUGUCCUGUAUGUUUGAACUUUGACUGUGCCAACAACACUUGCAGUUGGGUUGGUUGUGACCUUUGUUCUCACUGGUGCCAUGCUGCCUGUGCACUUCACAGUAAUCUCAUAAAGCCAGGUCCAUGCGUGAAAGGGCAUUUGGGGACAACUGAGAUGCAGUUUCACUGCCUUGGAUGUGGUCAUGCUUCCGAGAUGUUUGGGUUCGUUAAGGAUGUUUUCAUGAAUUGUGCCAAGGAUUGGGAUGCCACAACCAUGAUAAAAGAGUUUGACUGUGUUCGGAAAAUCUUUAGGGGAAGUGAAGAUCACAAAGGCAAGGAGCUGCUUGUGAAGGCCGAUGAGAUGCUUACCAAGCUCGAGAACAAAAUAAUGACUCCUCCAGAUGUCUGCAAUUUCAUUUUCCAGUUUUUCAACUAUACGGAUGGCUUGUUCGAGUCUGAUGCUUUAAACGUUCUUUCAAAAGAUUUGACCAAUCAGUCGUCCCUCGGAAAAGAUGCUUCUGUUCUUCAACUGUCCAGCUCUCACGCUCCAAAAACUUCAUUCUACAAUACGAGCACUUCAAGUGGACAACAGGAGCUGAUGCCAAUCGAUCUCCAUCAGAAUGACAUUAACUUUCCUCUCAUGAACAAUAAGAUAAUCGAAGAUGAGUGGUCUGUGAAGCCAGCGAAGAAAGUUGGUUUUGACAGCUUGGAAAAUCUUGUACGCAUUAAAGAAGCAGAAGCAAGGAUGUUCAGGGGCAAAGCUGAUGAGGCACGAAGGGAAGCAGAGAGUUUCCGGAAUAUAGUCAGAAUGAAAACCGAGAAAUUGGAACAAGAGCACGCUGAGAAGCUAGCAAAACUGUGUUUGCAGGAGACAGAAGAAAGGCAGAGGAAAAAACAGGAAGAACUUAAGGUAUUAAAGAAUUCACAUUGUGAUUACUACAACAUGAAGUUUAGAAUGCAAUCCGAGAUUGCAGGCUUGUUGAAGAGAAUGGAGUCCACAAAGCAGCAGUUAGUUUAA